AAUCGCUGUGUGACAACGUCUCUGCUCGUUCUCGUUCUUCCGUUAUAGCAAAUUGGCGACGAGGAUUCUAAAAAAAUGUUCUCGCAUUACUAGAACUCAUCUAUCAAUUCUCUUUUUUUUCUCUCGUCCGGUACUUCUCGAAAAUGUGCCUUAUCCGCAAUCACGGCUCCAGCUCCAACCUUCGUUUGAGAAGAGGUAACCUCAACCUCGUACCUCGUCUAUGACCUCGUGCUACCCGGGCCGCGUCAACUCAAUCGCGAUUUAUUAAUCGGCAUUCCUUCCAGCUUUUCCUGCUCAACUUCGACUCCACCCGUUAGAAAUGAACGAAGAACAAUUUACGGCUUUCCUAAACGUGGUACAAGCCUCCCUAUCAAGCAUCUCAAUCCAGGCCCCAGCAAUUCCAGGAGCAGCAGCCGGUCAAUCGAAUGGAGAAUCUAACCCGGAUGGAUCAUCCUCAACCUCACCCAGCACUUGGAGGAUCUUGAAUUUUGAGCAAUAUGACGGCAAAGAAAAAUUCUGUCAAUACGUCGAACGUUUUGAAAACUUCGCCGGCCUUAGAGUUUCAGAAACCCCGUGAUCCACCCUAUGCCUUCAAGAAACCAGUCGACAAUGAGCUCGACGACCUUGAGCGUGACGACAUCAUCACCCGGACCGACACCAGCGAUUGGGGCUCACCUCUAGUUCCAGUCCCCAAGACAGUGGAAAAAGUGAGAUUAUGCGUCGACUACAAGUCAGGAGUCAACCCUCAACUAGAAGACUUUCACUACCCAAUUCCUCGCAUCGAAGAACUCAUAAGCAAACUCAAAGAAUCUUCAGUUUAUUGCAAGAUCGAUCUAUACAAAGCGUACCUACACGUUGAAAUGGAUGAUGAAGCAAAGAAAGCCAUCUCUACGCAUAGAGGCACUUACCUCAUGAACAGGCUCAGCUUGGGAAUCAAAACAGCCCCCAGCCAGUUCCACCAGAUCCUUGGUCGUCUACUCGCUGGACUUUCAGGUAUUAUUUGGUAUUUCGAUGAUAUUAUAGUGCAUGGGAAAAAUUAUGAUGAGUGUUAUAAAAAUUUAAUUGCAUUGUUGAAGCGUUUGCAGGAGAAAAAUUUGCAUAUCAAUUUGUCAAAAUGCCAUUUCUUUGAAGAUAAAAUUGCUUACUUCGGUUACAUCAUUCAAGGAAGAAAUGUGUAUAAAGACCCAAGGAAAAUCUCUGAUCUUUUGCAGACAGUGAGACCGCAGAACCGCCGUGACGUGAUGCAAUUCUUCGGACUAGUCACAUAUUACUCACGUUUUGUUCCCAAUGCAUCUACCUUAACAGCCCCGCUCCGUCAAUUACUUUCAAAAAACCAUCCAUUCAAAUGGUCCGAUGCCUGUGAAAAAGCCUUUCUAAAACUUAAAGAAAUCAUAGCCAGUGAUCAUGUGCUAGUCUCUUAUGAUGUGAAUCUACCGAUCACAGUGGCCUGUGAUGCAAGCCCUACAGGGUUAGGAGCUGUAAUUUCUCAUAUCAUUGAUGGAUCAGAUAGACCAAUCAUGUUUGCUUCUAGAUCUUUAACCCCGGCUGAGAAAAAUUACAGUCAAUUAGACAGAGAAGCUCUGUCGAUUGUAUUUGCUUUAGAUAAAUAUUAUAUGUACAUUUAUGGUCGCAAAUUUACCCUGAUAACAGACAACAAGCCGCUGUCCAGAAUCCUACAUCAGAACAAGAAACUACCUCCCAUGACAGCAGCAAGGCUGUUACGUUAUGCAGCCUACCUCUCCUCAUUUGACUAUGAGGUAAAGCAUCGGCUCAGUAAAGCUCAUGCAAAUGUUGACUACCUUUCACGAUUCCCUGUUUCAGGCCGCAAUUUACAGGGAAAUCAACCACUUCUGGAUUUCGAACUCUCAGCUUGUCAUGAAAAUACGCUAAAUCAAAUUUCCAGUGCCAAUGUCACAAGUUACGACAUCGCAGAGGCAGCAGAAUCGGAUCCAAAGCUCGUUGAUAUUAUCUCCAAGCUUCGCAGCAGCAGCGAAGACCCCGCCUGUAUGGAGUACGUAUUAGAGGGCGAUAUUGUUUACAGAGGUAACAGAGUCUAUAUCCCUCAGUCAUUAAGAGGCCAAAUACUCAAAGAAUUGCAUGAAACUCAUUCAGGAAUCACAAAGACAAAGCAACUCGCUAGAAGAUAUGUCUACUGGCCUUCAAUUGACUCUGAUAUUGAAAAAUUAAUCAAAUCAUGUGAGCAGUGCAUGCUAUCUCAGAAGUCUCCUAAGAAAGUUCCUACCCAUAAAUGGGAAGAGCCGACUCAAAACUUCUCCAGAGUACAUAUGGACUAUGCAGGUCCAAGGAAAGGAUUCAAUUUUCUCAUCCUUGUCGAUGCCAAGUCUAAGUGGCCAGAAGUCCGCAUUCUUAGCAAAGCUCCUACUACAGAUUCUACUAUCAAACUAUUAGAAGACAUAUUCUCUUUCCAUGGCUAGGGUAGGAUGGGGUCAGUCCGCCACUUUUUUGCCCCAAGAUUUUUCCUGAGUUCCCUAAUUGAUGGAUGAACUUGUUUGAAUGCUAGGAGUGAUCUUUGGACCUUUGACUAUGCACAAAAAAAAAUUGGAUACUUUAGGUGCAUUUCCCCCCCCUUUUUUGAACUUUUUUUUUUAAAAAAAGAAAGUGGCGGAGUGACCCCACGAGUAGGGUCAGUCCGCCACAUUCUUAGGGUCAGUCCGCCAGUGCUGGGGUCAAUACGUCAGUAGCAAAUGAAAACAUGAGAAGUGCUGGAAAAAACAAUUUAAUUAAGAAAAAUGAAGGAAAACAAACAUAUCUGAACUCAGAACUUCAGUCAGUACAAAAAAGUCUAUAACUAUAAGAACGAAAAGUUAAUUUUAAAGGUCUAAUAAAUUUCAAAAUUUGAAUUUUUUUUUUCCAAAAAUAAGUUAAAAUAUUAAUAAAAAGUUGGUGGUUUUGAAAUUGAACUACAUACAUAUAAAGGACUAGCCAGUGUAGCAGCACCUAAACCUAAAAAGGGGUCACUUAGCCAGUAGCAGAAUGACCCUCGGCGUCACUGGCGGAAUGACCCCAUCCCGGCUUCGCUGCACAAAAUUGUUACCUGACAUGACAGAAGUAAAGAUAUUUCAAAGAUCAAAAACGGAAUCAAUAGCCUUGAGUGAGUAGUUUACGAUGAUGUACUUCCCAAAUUUCGAUCACCAAACCACCAAAGUCCAGACGAAAAGUUCCAAAAAAGAAAAAAGUUACGAUCGGGAGCAAUUUUAACACUUGCGCCUGUAGGUUAGUUGUAAACAAAUGAAUCAUGCAUGGAACAACAUAUAGUAGACGAGCACUUCCAACUGCUUACUCCCAUGCUUUGAAUUUCCCAAUUCGACCACUGCUAGGGGCGCUACGGUCGACUGGCGGACUGACCCACCCUGGCGGACUGACCCCAUCCUACCCUACCCUCAAACUUUAGUUUCAGAUAAUGCUUCAAUUUUCUCCGCCGACAACGCAGAAUUUAGCAAUUAUUGCAAAACAAAAGGAAUUUUCCAUUGUUUUACUGCCCCUGGGAAGCCAGCCACAAAUGGCCUAGCAGAGCGUUAUGUUCAAAUAUUAAAAUCCAAA